GUCUUUUUUUCAGACACCGCCUAAAAAAACCCAGUACUGACUGACCAGUGAGAAAAAAACCUUUGCUCAGAGAAAUCAUUGAGGAACACACGGUUCGCAUGCAAACCGAUCGGAAUUCGCUCUGUAAAAUUAGGUUUUUUUCGCCCAGAAGCAGCCUCGUUCUCAAUCCUCCGCUCUAUUUGUUGAGAUUUGAUGGCAAUUGCGGCUCAGAAACUCCAGCGUUGAUUAUCAAUUGCUGAAGCUAGGUAUUUCCAGAAGUUGGUUUAAAUGGAUGUGUUGGUGAACGGCGAGGUAUCUGAUGGCAGUGGAACUAAAAGAUCAUUAGACAAUGGGUGCUCCUCGAAUUCAGGGAAUGCUACCAAGUUCAAGGUCAGGAAGGUGUCAGCUACACGGGGUUUUCCUCUUAUGUGUGGUCAAGAUUUUCGGGCAGUCAAAUCAGAAUCAAAAGAAAAUGUUAUGUCAUCAGGUCAUAAACAUGGUGGAAAUCAUCUUAUGAUGAGAAAAGAUGCAACACAAGAUUUAGCCAACUUUGAUGUACUACAUGAUGUAGGGAGAUGGGGUAAUGUAGCUGGAGGUCCAGAGCCCUCGCGUAUCAAGAAUGCAACUGAGGUCAAGGUUCAGUGCAGUGAAGUUUGUUGCUUGAUCAAUGGGGAGGUUUCUACCCAAGAGGCUUCUAUUCCGAGUCCAAAGAUUAAAUUUCGCAGAAGAAGAAUCUCAGCCACACGUGACUUUCCUGAAUAUCGUGGAUCCACUACUUUUGAACAACGUGUGGAUCGGGAUGAGAAAUUAAAGGCCACCUUUUCGCGUGGGGUUAACAACCAUGACAAGGGAAAUGGUGUAGAGGCAUUGAAGGCCAGUGCCGAUAGCAUUUCAUCAUUAGAGACACUGACUGGUAAGGUAGAAAAGUACCCUCCGGAGAAAUUGCGGACUACUGUGGAAUCUGGUGAUCCAUUGUUGAUGGCUACUGUUGAAUUGUCUCCUAGUAGGGAGAAGCUUUCUACUGGGCACGACCAUAGCACCAGCAGGACUGCGGAUAACGUACUAUUUUCAAGAAAAGGUGAUAAUCAUGUUAUUGUGAAUGCUUUGAUGGCGGCGACGAGUUGUCCUCGGCGGCAGGAUCAACUGACUACCGGAUCAGGUGGUUCGAGGAUUGGUAGCUCUUCUAACCAGGUAAAGAUAACUGGGAGUGGUAACUUAAAAGCCGUCGCUAAGAAAUCUAUUGUCAAUGCUCAUCCAGGAAAGCGGUCUCUCAAGGGGAAGGAAGUGUUUGGUAACAAGCAUUACCAUUCACUUGAUACUUUUGGCUCACGGCUUCUUAAUGUUGAGGGUGAAUCUGGUUCAGUAAAUGAGGGGCCCCAUGUGGAUCCGUCUGUAGAUGUUAGCUUGCCUCCUUUUGGUCCUAGUGCAAUUACUGGUGAUGUUCGCAACCAAGUUAGAGAAAUCCUCCGUCUGUUUCAAGCCUUCUGUAGAAAACUAUUGCAAGGAGAGGAGUCAACAGAGUCAAAACAAAAAAUUAAAAGGAUUGACAUUGAAGCAUCAAAGCAGUUAAUACAGAGAGGAAAAGAAGUUAAUACAGAGAAAAAGUAUUUGGGUUCAGUCCCAGGAGUUGAAGUGGGCGACGAGUUCCAGUACAGGGUGGAACUUGUAAUUGUUGGUAUUCAUCGCCCUUACCAGGGUGGUAUUGAUUCUAUGGAUUCUGAAGGAAAGAAAAUUGCCAUAAGUAUUGUCGCUUCAGGGGGAUAUGAUGAUGAUAUGGAGAACCCUGAUGUCGUGAUAUAUUCCGGGCAAGGGGGAUUAAAAGCUAAAGAUAAGCAGCCGGAAGAUCAGAAACUUGAAAAAGGGAACUUGGCAUUAUUUAACAGCAUCUCAACAAGGAAUCCUGUUCGGGUGAUACGUGGAUCCAAGGAGAAGGACAUUGGUUCCCAGGACUCAAAAGCUAAGAUAGUCACUAAAUAUGUUUAUGAUGGGUUAUAUACGGUGGAGAAGUGCUGGAGGGAAGCCGGGAAUCAUGGAAAGUUGGUUUUUAUGUUUGAGCUGAGGAGAAUGCCUGGCCAACCUGAGAUUGCUUGGAAAGAAGUUAAGACGUCUAAAAAGGGUAGACCGCGACAUGGAGUAUGUGUCGAUGAUAUUUCUGGAGGGAAAGAGUCAUCUCCAAUAUGUGCUGUAAAUACCAUUGACAAGGAGAAGCCUCAGCCAUUCAUUUAUACUAAAAAGAUCAUGUAUCCUGAUUCUCUCCAUCCACGUUUGGCUAAAGGUUGUGACUGCAUUGGUAGAUGCUCUGAUCCUCGAAGGUGCGCUUGUGCCAUGAGAAACGGAGAAGAGAUCCCGUACAAUCAUAAUGGUGCAAUUGUUGAAGUAAAACCUCUUGUCUAUGAAUGUGGACCUCAUUGCAAGUGCUCUGCUUCCUGCUAUAACAGAGUCAGCCAACAUGGCAUCAAACUACAUCUUGAGAUAUUUAAGACAAAAUCAAGGGGCUGGGGUGUUAGGUCUCUUUCUUCCAUUUCUCCAGGAACUUUUAUAUGCGAAUAUGUUGGAGAAAUUAUUAAGGACAGGGAGGCUGAAAAAAGAGCUGGAAAAGAUGAGUAUCUUUUUGACAUUGGUCAGAAUUACAGUGAUUUAGGUGAAGGCGUGGAAGAAGGUGGUGAUGGCUACACCAUUGAUGCGGCUAAGUUUGGGAACGUUGGUAGAUUUAUCAACCAUAGUUGCUCACCGAACCUAUAUGCUCAGAAUGUGCUUUAUGAUCAUGAUGACAAAAGGGUGCCUCACAUAAUGCUUUUUGCUGCUGAAAACAUUCCUCCACUUCAUGAGUUAACUUACCAUUAUAAUUAUGUUGUCGAUCAGGUGUAUGAUUUGGAAGGAAAUAUUAAGGUGAAGCGUUGCUUUUGUGGUGCUUCUGGUUGUACUGGGCGAAUGUAUUAGAAAGAAUUGGAGUACCAAAAAACUGUAAAGGAUCUUUAGUAGUGUUUUAUAGGGAGUAAAAUUUUUUUUUUCUUCUUAUCUCUUGCGAAAUCUGCGUUUACAUUGAGGAGCUGAGGACUGACGCCACUGCAUUGUUCCUUACCCUUCAGAACAGAACGCAUUGUCAUGAAGCUACUGGUAAAUACUCUUUCAAAUUUGAAACUCUCAACAGUUAGGAUCUUCUUUCAUUUUUUGUAGUAUGAAAGUUGCCUGGAAUUGCCGGUCGUGGAAUCAUAUUCUUUUAGUCUCAAGAUAACAGCCACAAGUUUCUGAAUCAUGUGAAAUUGUUAGGCUCUUCUUUCAUUUUUUGUAGUACGAAAGUUGGCUGGAAUUGCCGGUAGUGGAAUCAUAUUCUUUUAGUCUCGAGAUAACAGCCACAAGUUUCUGAAUCAUGUGAAAUUUUUGAUUUAUUUAUGUGUCGAACUUCGCAAAAGAACGUUGGAAAGCUUCCCCCUUUAAAGCUAAAUAGAAUCAGUUAUGUACUUUUCUGAGCUUGAGAUCCUAGUUCGAUUUUCCUAGGCCUAUGAAGUUGGGUGAUUUUAGCCGUGAUUACCUUGGUACAGAUUGAUGUCUCUAUGUAAUGCAACUUAACUUGCACAGACCAGAGAGUAUGUACACAAGUUUCGAAUGUGGUUUUGAAGAAGGUUCCUUUAUCCUUUUCUUUGCCACUCUCAUUUCAGUGGUGGAUUAUAGUACUUGUGUAAGCGAGCUUUGUAACAUCAUUCAUCAUAUGAGCUGAGAGUUGGAUGGAUGGGUUUUCCCAUUGGCUUGCUUAUCUACUGAGAAGAAAAAGUCCACACUCACGCGGACAAUAUUUCCAAAAAAUAUAAACACACUAUGUGAGUUUUGCAUUGGUUCCCAUAUAUUAAUCAUAAAAGCUACAAUGAGAAUUAGAGAAC